AUGGCCGAAGAGAACGACAAGACCGGCAACCCCAUGCGCGAGCUGCGCAUCCAGAAGCUCGUGCUCAACAUCUCCGUCGGAGAGUCUGGUGACAGACUGACGAGAGCCGCAAAGGUGCUCGAGCAGUUGAGCGGUCAAACCCCUGUCUACAGCAAGGCCCGAUACACUGUCCGAACCUUCGGUAUCCGUCGUAACGAGAAGAUCGCUGUCCACGUCACCGUCCGUGGCCCCAAGGCUGAGGAAAUCCUGGAGCGUGGCCUCAAGGUCAAGGAAUACGAGUUGAGGAGGCGCAACUUCUCCGAGACCGGCAACUUCGGUUUCGGUAUCUCCGAGCACAUCGACUUGGGUAUCAAGUACGACCCGGGUAUCGGUAUCUACGGCAUGGACUUCUACUGCUGCAUGACCCGACCUGGUGAGCGUGUCGCCCGCCGCAGACGAUGCCAAACUCGCGUCGGUGCCUCGCACAAGAUCAACCAGCAGGAGACCAUCAAGUGGUACAAGAGCCGCUUCGAGGGUAUCGUCCGGUAA